GUUUCCUAAUUCUGUCCACAAAAACCAUCUCCCUCAAAUCCACACCGAAACCCUCCCAAAACCCUCACUCAUCCCAAUCUCGCAUGACGAAUUUCAGUUCUCGAUAGACCCAAACUGGGUUGCAGCAAUGGCCUCGGCCGGAGCAUUUCCGCUUCCAAACUUGCAAAGCAAGCAUCGUGAUUUAUCAUUUCGGUUUUUUUUCUCGGACUUCCUGGUUCAGCUUGGUCCUCCGAAGCCAUCUCCUUCGAAAUGCCCAUGCAGGGACUGGAAGUUCUCAGUCCGCACGAACGCCGUCUACACGGAGGCGUCCCGUGGCCCUGCGGUGGCACCUUGGAAGGAGAAGGGUAACUCGUCUUCCGAUCUUGACGACAUCUCCAUAUUAAACGAGAGAAUACGAAAAGAACUCGGUAAGAGACAGGGUUUGAGGGCAGGGAAUAAAGCAGUAAACUCCACCGAGGUGGAGAAGUAUAUCAAUACAGUGAAGCAGCAGCAGCAACUUGGGCUUCAGAAGCUCAAGGGAGACAACAAGGACAAGGGUGGGAUUGGCUAUAAGGUGGAUCCUUACACGCUUGAAUCGGGAGAUUAUGUUGUGCAUAAGAAGGUGGGUAUUGGGAGAUUUGUAGCGAUCAAGUAUGAUGUGUCCAAGAGUUCCUCGGAUCCCACGGAGUAUGUCUUCAUCGAGUAUGCGGAUGGGAUGGCAAAGCUUCCUGUCAAGCAGGCGGCCAGGAUGCUUUACCGCUAUAAUCUUCCAAGUGAAACCAGAAGACCACGGGCAUUGAGCAAAUUGAAUGACACUAGUGCAUGGGAGAGAAGAAGGGUAAAGGGAAAGGUUGCUGUGCAGAAAAUGGUUGUUGACUUGAUGGAACUCUAUCUACACAGGUUGAAGCAGAAGAGGCUCUCAUAUCGAAGAACUCCUGCCAUGGCUGAAUUUGUAUCUCAGUUUCCUUAUGAUCCCACACAAGAUCAGAAACAGGCCUUUAUUGAUGUUGAGAAAGACUUGACAGAAAGAGAAACUCCAAUGGACAGGCUUAUUUGUGGAGAUGUCGGUUUUGGUAAAACUGAAGUUGCCCUGCGUGCCAUCUUUAUUGUUGUUUCUGCUGGGAAACAAGCAAUGGUUUUGGCGCCAACUAUUGUUCUCGCCAAACAACACUUUGAUGUCAUUUCGGAGCGCUUCUGUAGCUAUCCUCAUAUCAGCAUUGGCCUGUUAUGUAGGUUUCAGAAGAAGUCAGAGAAAGAGGAGCAUCUUUCAUCAAUCAAGAAUGGGGAUUUGGACAUAAUUGUUGGAACUCAUGCACUUCUUGGCAAUCGGGUGGUUUACAACAAUCUUGGCCUUCUUAUUGUUGAUGAAGAACAGAGGUUUGGCGUAAAACAGAAAGAGAAGAUAGCAUCAAUGAAAACAUCAGUUGAUGUUCUCACUCUUUCUGCCACUCCUAUUCCACGCACGCUUUACUUGGCUUUGACUGGGUUCCGUGAUGCUAGCUUAAUUUCAACACCACCCCCAGAAAGAGUUCCUAUAAAGACUCAUCUAUCAGCCUAUAGUAAAGAGAAGGUUCUAUCUGCAAUCAAAUUUGAGUUAGACCGUGGUGGUCAAGUUUUCUAUGUUCUGCCUCGAAUUAAAGACCUAGAAGAGGUAAUGGAAUUUCUUGAGCAAUCAUUUUCACAUGUUGCGAUUGCUAUUGCUCAUGGGAAGCAAUACUCAAAGCAACUAGAAGAAACAAUGAAAAUGUUCUCUCUUGGGGACAUCAAGAUCCUUAUCUGUACAAACAUAGUUGAAAAUGGGCUGAAUAUCCAAAAUGCUAAUACCAUAAUAAUUCAGGAAGUCCAACAGUUUGGGUUGGCUCAGUUGUACCAGUUGCGAGGAAGAGUUGGCCGAGCAGAUAAAGAGGCUUAUGCAUACUUAUUUUAUCCUGACAAAUCAUUGCUAUCAGAGCAAGCUCUGGAGAGGCUUGCUGCUAUUGAGGAGUACCGGGAUCUUGGUCAAGGCUUCCAGCUAGCUGAGAGGGACAUGGGAAUAAGAGGAUUUGGGAGCAUUUUUGGCGAACAGCAGAGCGGUGAUAUUGGCAAUGUUGGAGUAGAUCUUUUCUUUGAGAUGCUAUUUGAGAGCUUAUCAAAGGUUGAUGAACACCGUGUUAUAUCAGUUUCUUACAAGGAUGCACAGUUCGAUGUAAAUAUUACUCCCCGCCUUUCUUCGGAAUAUAUAAGCAAUAUUAACAACCCUGUGGAAUUAAUUAAUGAAGCUGAGAGAGCAGCUGAAAGUGACAUUUGGAGCCUGAUGCAAUUCACUGAGCAGUUGCGACGGCAAUAUGGAAAAGAACCUCAUUCAAUGGAGAUACUUUUAAAAAAACUCUAUGUAAGGCGCAUGGCAGCAGAUCUUGGUAUAAGACGGAUAUAUGCAUCUGGAAAGAAAGUUGUUAUGACAACCAACAUGAGUAAGAAGGUUUUUAAGCUUAUGACUGAGGCCAUGACAUCUGACAUACAUCGGAAUUCCCUUACUUAUACUGGAGCAGAAAUCAAGGCUGAACUUCUACUAGAGUUGCCAGAUGAGCAACUUCUCAACUGGAUUUUUCAAUGCUUGGCAGAACUAUAUGCUUCUUUGCCAGCUCUUGUGAAAUACUAGAGCGAUUACAAGCAAUUCUUUCCACCUGUCCUCUCAGAUGGUACUAUCAUAUAUAUCUCUAUUUUAUCGCAAUGACAAGCACCAAAUAGUUUGGUUUUGCCUCCAAUCUUUUCUUAUGGGGAAGCAAGUUAUUACACUACACCAAAACCAUACCAGAAGAUCUCGAUGUACUGGUUUUUACUAAGGUCAUUAUUAUGAUUUAGAUAUCCUGGGCAGGAAAAUUACAAAGCACAAAUGACUUCCACAGCACUUGAAUGGUUCAAUGACAGAAGGUGAUCUGCUUGCCAUACAAUAAUUUUUCUGUAUUUAGGUACUCAAAGCUUUCCUUCUACAUGCAUAGUAUUUUAAUUUUACAGUAUUCUUGUAGUAAUUUCUCCUUUAAAAUUAAAUCUUAAUUUGUUAUCAAAAUGUUGAAGUUGAUGGCCUUUAUUUUUGGGCCAAGGAAAUUGUCAUUGCAUUCUAA